GAAUAAUUUAAUAAGACAAAAUUAAAUUAGUUCUUUGUUUGGAUGUAGAUAGCCUACCAUAUGUUUACUAUGAUGACUCAAAAUAUUGAUAAUAAACUCACAAUAUUUAAUGGGUUAUGUUGAAUGAUUACUUGAAACUAACGAUUCACAAAUAAUAUAUUCUCAUUUUACAAUUUAUAUUUUCAAAUUUCUUGACAAUUAAGAGACUUAAAAAUGUCUGUUCAUCAUAUGAGGCAACAUGACAACGAUCUUGCCAAAAAACAAACAGUUGAAAAAACGGGACAAAAGAAAAACCAAAAUUACAAAUCAAUUGAUGAUAAGUGUUGUACAACACCAAGAACAUCUAACAACGCCAGAUUUAAAACAAUGUUUACUUUAAAAGCUCAACCGGAGAAUGUAACUAAAAUCAAGAAGGCGGACACUCAAGAGUCUAAGACCGAUCUACUUCCACCGAAUGCUCAACUGAUCAACCCCUGUGAAACACUGAGAUGCGCCCUCAAUAACAUCAGACAAAAAAAUAGGGACACAGUCAUACAAGGCCUCUCUCUAGCCGUACAGCUCUCUCGCUCCCACCCGAAUCUACUGGAACCUCAUAUGACACGAAUCAACCAAUGUCUCAGUCAACAGUUAUUGAGUACACAUACGAAUGCCACCAGGUUUGCAUGCCAAGCAGCUAAAGAACUGUUCAAAACUAUGCAGAACACUGCCAGACCGGAGUUCGACGAAAUUGUCAGCCGCCUCUUGAAUCGAACCGCAGACAGCAACAAGCUGAUCAGAUUCGAUGCCAACAGUGCACUCGAUCAUAUGGUCAUGUAUGUUUCACCCAUCAGCGCCGUUAGAGCACUCGUGUGGAGGGGACCCAGCCACAAAAAUCCAUUGGUGAGAAUCGCCACUGCCAGACUGUUAGUGUGCACUGCAACCAUAGUCGGAGUGAACGUCUUGUUCACAUCAUCCAUGUACCAAAAGACCCGCAAACGAAUGAUCGAGUCAGCAGCUCUGUUAAUGGAUGACACUCACCUAGAAACUAAGAACACUGCCAAAUCGCUAUUUGAAAUGUUUGUGAAAGAUGAUAAUUUCGAGCAGAUAUUCUAUAACGAGAUGGACCAGAAACUAGUGGACGAACUGCAUAAGACAGUCACAAUUAUGCGAUAUACGGAUAAGGCGAACGUAUAGUUUAGACUAAAAUAUGACAUCAUAUUCAAGAACUGAAAUUUAAAUAUUCAAAAACUGUGGGCUUAUUAGAAAUUGAUUUUUGAAUCUAAUAGAAAUUAAUUAAAUUAUUCCAACAAUAUUCAAACCAGAUACCUAUGCCAAAGUAAUGUAAAUGAUUAUUUCAUGUUACCAGGAAUAUUACUGGAUGUUUGUUCAUAUCAAAACAUGAAAAGUAAUACAUAUUUGAUAAUAAUUUCUCUGGUCGAGGGUUCAUCACUACCAGCGGUUUUUAUAUGAUUUGGGAAUGUGAUUAUUUAGCCUCUUCUAGAUAAAAAUGAUUAUAUCUCAGUUCUAAAUUGUAGAAUACGUUGUGAAAUAAACCAAAGUUAUAAAAA